CGAGUGCGGGGAGCCCCAGCGCUGCCCCCGUCAGAGACCCAGAGGAAGCGAGAAGGCCGGGGCUGCCCAUCCGGGUGCUGUGCCAAGAUUUGGAAAUACACAGGAAGACAGAAGACAGCCCCUGCCCUCCUAAUCUAAUGGGGAAGCAGCUCGCCAACCACUGGGUCCAAGCUGAGGGCUGUUGACAGGGCCAGACGAUGCCUCCCACCCCAUGAGCAUGUUUCAGAUCUCAGAGUUUGAGCCCAGUGAGCAGGAAAAUCCCAAAGAAGACGGCUUUGCCUGUGCCCCAGGGGAGUCCAGGGGGCUGGGCAAACACAGCACCACUGCCCCCAGCCUGGCCCCAGUCAGGCCUGGACCCAGACCCGCACCUGGAGCCCACCACCAUGAGGGCGCAGGGGACAGGAGGCCCCGCCUGAUCUCCUACCCCCCACUUCGGGAGGGGUUCGGGGAGGCGAGUCCCGAAGCGGAGCCCGAGGCAGAGUGGUCCGAGGGGGAGGAGGAGCGCGGCCUGUUCCGGAGCCGCUCCAGCUCAGCGCCCCCUAUCCUCUGGGCUGCGCGGCGUUAUGGCAGCGAGUUGCGCAGGAUGAGCGACGAGUUCGAUUGCACCUUCAAGGGUCUUCCACGCCCGAAGAGCGCCGGCACUACGAGCCAGAUGCGUCGGAGCCACGGCUGGGCCCGGACCUUCCAGUCUUGGUUCACCCGGAAUUUGGGGAAAGGGGGCGCCGGUCCUUCCCACUGACCCCCACCCCUUCCCCUCUUUCCCAGGCAUCUCGACCGCGAAGUAGUUUGGCGGCCAUGUUGGGUAAGGGCGGAAGUGCUCUGCCGCUA